AUGGAAGAGGAGUUGGUGGAUGUGGGCCCAGCAGCAGAGGAUGCUCAGCCUGAGCAGGAGAUGGAGGCUGAGAUGGAGGAGGAUCUACUGAGGAUGGAGAUGGAAGAUCCAGAGAUGGGGAAUCAAGAGUUGGAAGAAGCAGAGACGAGGAAAAUACAAGAUCCAGAGCAGGGGUUAGAUAUGAAAAACCAGAGAUGGAGAUGGGAAAACUAGAGAUGGAAGAACCAAAGAUGGCAAAAGAUAAGCCAGAGAUGGAGGAACCAGAAGUACAGAUGGAAACAAGGGUAGAAAUGGCACCUGAAUUAGAAAUGGAGCCAGAGGAGGAGAUGGCACUUGCAAUGGACAAGGGGCUAACUCAACAAGAGGAGGGCCCUCUCAUGAAGGGUGAAUAUGUGAUGGCUGAAGAGCCAAUCAUGGAGUUGGAACCACUACCAGAGGACAGUCUGAUUGAAAAGUAUGGGAGAGGAGGCAGGCCUAUGGAUGGCAACAAGAUGGCUCCAGAGAUUAUGUAUCAGUUUUAUCUGGAAGAGGAGCCAAUGUCAGAACUGGAGCCAUUGCUAGGGGAGGGGCCUGGUUUAGAGGAAGACGAUGAGUAUGUAAUGGCGGAACAACCAAAUCAUGGAGCUGGAGCCUGAGAUUAAGGAGAUAACUUUUGGAGAGUAUCGAAUCAUGACAGAUUACACCAUCACGGGGGAGGAGUCAGUGAUGGAACUGAUGUAAGACAUGGAGCCUAUGAUGGAGGGGGAGUACUUCUUGGCUGAGGAACCAAUCAUGGAGCUGGAACCUGAAAUGAGGGAGGCGUCUUUCCCUCAGCAUUAUUCAAGGGCAGACUCGGCUGUGAUGGUAGAAAAACCAAUGAUGGAGUUGGAUCCUCUAGAACAGGGGUUCCCUAACUUUUUCACUCGGGCCCCCUUUCCAGCAUUGGGGAACAUCCCGCACCCCACCUGCACGCGCGCACACGAGCCACGUCUAUUUCUAUGGGCACAAGCACUGUUCAUGACACAAACUGUUCACACCCCUCUUGUUGGUGGAGAGAAUUUUGGAGGUUUAAAGCUUAUUUCCUGCAAUUCUACACAUUUUGUCAUGGGUGCAAAGAAAAUGUAGCAGUUUUAAAGCUAAUCUUCUUGCAAUUCUAUACAUUUUGCCAUGUCUAAUGUGUAUUCAUGUGAUAUUUGAGAAAUUAAAACAAUAUCUAUGGGCUAAAAAACCUAAAUAAAAUAAAAAGCUGACUAACAUGGCAAGAGGAACUGAAAUUUCGAAAUUGCACUUUGUGCAUUCUACUAUUACAACUUUCAAGAGUAAGUUUAAAGCCAGACUCAGUUCCUUAAAAAAAUAAUUUUUAAAAAGUUUGGGAACCACUGCUCUAGAAGGUGAGAGGACUCUAAGUGAAGAGUGUUUACUAUUAGAGGAGAGGUUUCAAGUAAGGGAGAGGCCUCUCAUGGAGCAGCCAAGGAUGGGCGAGGGCCCCAUGACGGACGGAGCGGCGUACAUGGGAAAGGGAAAGGGGGAUAUCUAGUCAGUUGUACAACUAAAUGCAUUCAACUGAAAUGUGUCUUCCACAUUUAACCCAAUCCCUCUGAAUCAGAGAGGUGCGGAGGGCUGCCUUAAUCGACAUCCACGUCUUCGGCGCCCGGGGAACAGUGGGUUAACUGCCUUGCUCAGGGGCAGAACGACAGAUUUUUACCUUGUCAGUUCGGGAUUCGAUCCAGCAACCUUUUGGUUCCUGGCCCAAUGCUCCUAACCUCAUGGGGAGGAGCCAGAGCCCUCAGAGGCAGUCUUUAAAUAUGGAAGAGGGGGGCUAAUGGAGAACAUGGACUUGAACCCACAGGUGAGAGGGAUGGGAGGGAGAGGGGGAGGAGGGGGUACACACACACAAGUACAUGUAGAAUAAUGUUGCAAUUCUGCUUUCUACCACAGGGAGGAGCUCCUGCAGUGGUGUGGUCCUGGAGGGUAAAUGCUACCAAUUAUUCAGAGGCCCAAAGAAGGCUGCUGAUGCGGAGGUGAGUAGGAACUCAUUCCUCCUGUUUCAUGUUGUAUUUAGUUUUCUCAAUCUCUCCAGCUUGUCUCUUUCUGAAUCGUUCACCAUCUCUAAUGCAACAAACAUGUACACAUUUAAUCAGUGUUUUCUCUGCUCCUCUGCAGUUCUACUGCCAGGCUAACUUCCCUCGUGGCCACCUGGCAUCCAUCACCAGUCAGACCAUCCACAGACAGGUCAUGGACCUAUUGAUUCAGCAGAAAUGGGAAUACACACGCACCUGGGUCUGAGGGCUGCGCUACCUGGACGUGUGUGUGCGCAUCCUGUGUUUUUUCAUAUUUGGUUAGACACUAUUUUCUAUUCUUUGCUCUGUCAGACUGGUCACUUCAUCUGGUUGGAUGGUACCCACUGGCCUGAAGAUAGGCUGCCUGGCGAGCCCAAUCACACGGCAGGAGUGGAGGACUGUCUGGAGCUUCUGGCAGUUGGUACAUAUGACUGAAAGCCAACUAAUCAUGCAGUGUAUUCUUGAAAAUAUGUCCAUAUUACGUAUGGGAUAUGGCAGGAUAGCUAUGGAUAGUAUAAUGACGUAUACAAUUGAAUAAUACUUUGCUGUUCUGUUAGGUGGGCUAUUAUUCAUUUGUUUGUUUUCUGCUAUUCAGGAAAAAGGAAGUUCAAUGAUAUGCCAUGCUGGGAUCUGCGAGCGUUCGUCUGCUCUUACCCUGUCUAGAAACGGAGUAGGAUAAAGUUGCCCCUACUAGACACUGAUCGAAGAUCAGAUUGCAUUCUUCACCCCAAUGUUGAGGAUUUGGGGUGGGUAAGCUGAUCCUAGAUCUGUACCUAAAUGCAUCCUCUAUCCUGAGCUCUAGGAACACAGCGGUCUCAAAUUCUGUGGCCCUUGCACUAUGGGUAGAAAGACAAAUUCAACUCCAUCUUUCUUCGAAUCAGAUUGCUUAUUCAUCCAAAACCAUUUUACGUUGCCAAUUAUUUUAAUGAUUACUUCAUUGUCAAAGUGGGCAAACUUAGGCAGGAAAUGCCAACAAUGAACAGUGAGCCAUCGUAUUCAUGCAUUAAAAAAACUAAUAAUGAAAGAAAAGCAUUGCAAGUUUGAAUUUUGUAAAGUUAGUGUGGGAGAUGUGGAAAGAUUAUUGUUUUCGAUCAAUAAUGACAAACCUCUUGGCAUUGACCAACUGAGGAUGGUAGCUGACUCUAUAGCCUCUCCUAUCUGUCAUAUCUUUAAUCUGAGCCUAGAGGAAAGUCUUUGUCCUCAGGCCUGGAGGGGAGCUAAAGUAAUUCCGCUACCCAAGAAUGGUAAAGCGGCCUUUACUGGUUCUAACAGUAGACCUAUAAGCUUGCUGCCAGCUCUUAGCAAACUGUUGGAAAAAAUGGUGUUUGACCAAAUACAAUGCUAUUUCUCUGUAAACAAAUUAACAACAGACUUUCAACAUGCUUAUAGGGAAGGGCACUCAACAUGUACUGCACUGACACAAAUGACUGAUGAUUGGCUGAAAGAAAUUGAUAAUAAGAAGAUUGUGGGAGCUGUACUGUUAGAUUUCAGUGCAGCCUUUGAUGUUAUUGACCAUAACCUGUUGUUGAAAAAACGUAUGUGUUAUGGCUUUUCAACCUCUGCCAUAUUGUGGAUUCAGAGCUAUCUAUCUAAUAGAACUCAAAUAGUUUUCUUUAAUGGAAGCUUCUCUAAUGUCAAACAUGUAAAGUAUGGUGUACCACAGGGCAGCUCUCUAGGCCCUCUACUAUUUUCUAUUUUUACCAAUGACCUGCCACUGGCAUUAAACAAAGCAUGUGUGUCCAUGUAUGCUGAUGAUUCAACCAUAUACGCAUCCGCAACCACAGCUAAUGAAGUCACAAAGAAUUGCAGUCUGUUUUGUGGAAUGGGUGGCCACUAAUAAACUGGUCCUGAACAUCUCUAAAACUAAGAGCAUUGUAUUUGGUACAAAUCAUUCCCUAAGUUCUAGACCUUAGCUGAAUCUGGUAAAGAAUGGUGAGGCUGUUGAACAAGUUGAGGAGACUAAAUUACUUGGAGUUACCUUAGAUUGUAAACUAUCAUGGUCAAAACUGACUAUCCUACCGAUCCUUGACUUCGGCGAUGUCAUUUACAAAAUAGCCUCCAACACUCUACUCAGCAAAUUGGAUGUAGUCUAUCACAGUGCCAUCCGUUUUGUCUCCAAAGCCCCAUACACCACCCACCACUGUGAACUGUACGCUCUUGUUGGCUGGUCCUCACUACAUGUUCGUCGUCAAACCCACUGGCUCCAGGCCAUCUAUAAAUCACUGCUAGGCAAAUCCCCGCCUUAUCUUAGCUCAUUGGUCACCAUAGCAGCACCCACCCGUAGUCUGCGCUCCAGCAGGUAUAUCUCACUGGUCAUUCCCAAAGCCAACACCUCCUUUGGCCGCCAUUCCUUCCAGUUCUCUGCUGCCAAUGACUGGAACGAAUUGCAAAAAUCUCUGAAGCUGGAGACUCUUAUCUCCCUCACUAACUUUAAGCAUCAGUUGUCAGAGCACCUUACCGAUCACUGCACCUGUACACAGCCCAUCUGAAAUUAGCCCACCCAACUACCUCAUCCCUAUAUUGUUAUUUAUUUGCUCUUUUGCACCCCAGUAUCUCUAUUUGCACAUAAUCUCUUGCACAUCUAGCAUUCCAGUGUUAAUACUAAUUGUAAUUAUUUUGCACUAUAGCCUAUUUAUUGCCUUACCUCCAUAACUUGCUACAUUUGCACACACUGUAUAUAUAUUUUCUGUUGUACUUUUUUUUGACUUUAUGUUUUUUUACCCCAUAUGUAACUCUGUGUUGUUGUUUUUAUCGCACUGCUUUGCUUUAUCUUGGCCAGGUCGCAGUUGUAAAUGAGAACUUGUUCUCAACUGGCUUACCUGGUUAAAUAAAGGUGAAAUAAAAAAGAAAAUAAAAAAUAUAGAUUCAAUGGUUGUAAAGAUGGGGAGAGGUCAGUCCUUUAUAAAGAGAUGCUCUGCUUUUUUGACACCACACUCCAAAAAGCAAGUUCUGCAGGCUCUUGUUUAGUCUAAUCUUGAUUAUUGUCCAGUCGUGUGGUCCAGUGCUGCAAGGAAAGACCUAGUUAAGCUGCAGCUGGCCCAAAACAGAGCGGCACGUCUUGCUCUUCAUUGUAAUCAGAGGGCUGAUAUAAAUACUAUGCAUGCCAGUCUCUCUUGGCUAAGAGUUGAGGAGAGACUGACUGCAUCACUUCUUAUUUUUAUAAGAAACAUUAAUGUGUUGAAAAUCCAAAAUUGUUUGCAUAGUCAACUUACACACAGCUCUGACACACACACUUACCCCACCAGACACGCCACCAGGGGUCUUUUCACAGUCUCCAAAUCCAGAACAAAUUCAAGAAAGCGUACAGUAUUAUAUAGAGCCAUUAUUGCAUGGAACUCUGUUCCAUCUCAUAAUGCUCAAAUAAACAGCAAACCUGGUUUCAAAAAAACAGAUAAAGCAAUACCUCACAGCACAACGCCUCUCCCCUAUUUGACCUAGAUAGUUUGUGUGUAUGUAUUGAUAUGUAGGCUAAGUGUGCCUUUAAAAAGAAAUGAAUGUAGUUCUGUCCUUGAGCUGUUCUUGUCUAUUAAUGUUCUGUAUUAUGUCAUGUUUCAUGUUUUGUGUGGACCCCAGGAAGAGUAGCUGCUGCUUUUGCAACAGCUAAUGGGGAUCCUAAUAAAAUACAAAAUACCAAACCUGUGGCCUCUCUUGAACCUAAACUGUCAGUUCCACUCUGAAUCUCAGGAAGUUUCCAGUUUGAGCAACUUGGGAUUCAGUUACCUGACUUGGUGAAAGCCAUUUUUAAAUGUGUAACUGCAUUCACACUGUAAGAUAUUAUUUCUAAACUUCUAAAUGAUGUUAUAUUUUGAAGACAGGAGAACUAUGUUCAUAUGUUAAUGUAUUUUAAAGCCUUGAGACAUGGAUUGUGUAUGUGUGCCAUUCAGAGGGUGAAUGGAUGGGCAAGACAAAAUAUGUAAGUGCCUUUGAACAGGGUAUGGUUGUAGGUACCAGGCGCACCGGUUUGAGUGUGUGAAGAACAGCAACGCUGCUGGGUUUUUCAUGCUCAACAGUUUCCCAUGUGUAUCAAGAAUGGUCCACCACCCAAAGGACAGCCAGCCAACUUGACACAACUGUGGGAAGCAUUGGAGUCAACAUGGGCCAGCAUCCCUGUGGAACACUUUCGACACCUUGAGUCCAUGCCCCGAUGAAUUGAAACUGUUUGAUGGCAAAAGGGGAUGAAACUCAAUAUUAGGAAACUGUUCCUAAUGUUUUGUACCCUCAGCGUAUACAACCCAUAUAUGACUCACAUACAGCCCAUAUUAGUCCCAUACACUACACGGCCCAUAUACAGCGUUCUCUUCAUCGGCCUCACAAUUCCAAACGUUCCAGUGUUUUCUGCAUGUCGUCUGUAGGAUUAGGGAAGAGCUACUCUGUCCAAGCGAGCGUUAGUUCCCGGGCCAACAGUCUCCCAUGGCGUCGAAGGCUGCAUACAUCCAGCUCUAGUAUUUUAACUCUAUCUCAUUGUCCACUGGGAUGGUAAAUAGUGUGUGUGUAUCUGUGUGUGAAUAUGUGCAAGUGUCUAUGAGAAGUUGAAAGAAUAGACUGAACUACUGUACACCCAUCCACAUAUCGCCUUAAGAAUUAGAGGAGCUUAGCACCCACAGAAACACACACACACACACAGUAUAAAGCCUGCUGAGACUCACACAUAGCUGUGUAUGAGUGUGACUCAUUUUCCAUUGGACUACAGAGGCUGUUAAUGGGCUUCUGAGAAAGAGGCAGCAUUAGCAGCUCUCAGGUGACAAUCAACCCUGUCUAAUCAUUUUAAUCACUAAUUACCACACACACAGAGAGAUAUCACACACAAACUCAUAAUACAAAUUCUCUCACCUACAAACACAAACUGAAAUGGGCACCCAUGCUCUCUCUCCCACUCCAUCCCUCUUUUGCUCUCUGUCUAAUUCCAGGCAGUGGUUGAGAAAGGCAACCUAUCACUGUGAGACAAUUGAGGCCUGUUUGGGUGAUGAUCAGAAACAAGGUCAUUGUUCAUGCACCGGGAACAAGGCCAUUGGCAGGGUUUAUGAGAUCAGCCCUCACAAUACAACUCCAAUCUAUUACUGGCAUUGAAAUCUAGACCAGCUUUGCAUUGAUUGCAUUACAUGAAAAUGGCAACCUUAUUCAAUCAUAUCUGGAGAUUAAACACAUUCAGGCCAGGUUAGUCACAUUCACCAAACAGAGUGUUCCUCUGAAGAAUGUUAUACUGUUGAGCCCUUUCACCACUCAAUUUCCAUUGAGAAUGCUUUUCAGUCGAGGACUAACCAAAUAUAAAAUAACAAACAAAACAAAAAAAGGUUGAAAAAAAUAAUACAUUUUCUGGGAUUUAAAAUUGGCCAAAUAAUGUAUUAAAAAAAUAUAUAUUUAAUAAAUGUUCAAUACAUUCAAACAUAUUACAGAAUGUAUUUAAAAUGUAUACUAAACAAAAAUAUCAACGCAACAUGCAACAAUUUCAAUGAUUUUACAGAGUUACAGUUCAUAUAACGAUAUCAAGCAAUACUUUUAAAUAAAUUCAUUACACCCUAAUCUAUGGAUUUCACAUGACUGGGCAGGGGAGCAGCCAUGGGUGGGCCUGGGAGGGCAUAGGCCCACCCACUGGGGUGCCAGGCCCAGCCAAUCAGAAUAUGUUUUUCCCCACAAAAGGGCUUUAUUACAGACAGAAAGACUCCUCGGUUUCAUCAGCUGUCUGGGUGGCUGGUCUCAGCCGAUCCCGCAGGUGAAGAGGCCAGAUGUGGAGGUCCUGGUCUGGAGUGGUUACACGUGGUCUGAGGUUGUGAGGCCGGUUGGAUGUACUGCCAAAUUCUCUAAAAUGACAUUGGAGGCAGCUUAUGGUGGGGAAAUUAUCAACAGCUCUGGUGGGCAUUCCUGCAGUCAGCAUGCAAAUUGCACGCUGACUGUGUGACAAAAAUGCACAUUUUAGAGUGGCCUUUUAUUGUCCCCAGCAAUAGGGGAACCUGUGUAAUGAACAUGCUUUUUAAUCAGCUUUUUGAUAUGCCACACCUGUCAGGUGUAUGGAUUAUUUUAGCAAAGGAGAAAUGCUCACUAACAGGGAUGUAACAAAUGUGUGCACAAAAUUGAAGAGAAAAAAGCUUUUUGUGAAUAGUGAAGAUUUCUGGGAUUUUUUAUUUCAGCUCAUGAAACAUGGGACCAACACUUUACAUGUUGCGUUUAUAUUUUUGUACAGUAUAUAUAUAUAUAUAUAUAUAUAUAUAUAUAUAUAUAUAUAUAUAUAUAAACAAAGCAAAAAAAUAAACGUCCUCUCACUGUCAACUGCGUUUAUUUUCAGCAAACUUAACAUGUAUAAAUAUUUGUAUGAACAUAACAAAAUUCAACAACUGACACAUAAACUGAACAAGUUCCACAGACAUGUGACUAACAUAAAUGGAAUAAUAUGUCCCUGAACAAAGGGGGGGUCAAAAUCAAAAGUAACAGUCAGUAUCUGGUGUGGCCACCAGCUGCAUUAAGUACUGCAGUGCAUCUCCUCCUCAUGGACUGCACCAGAUUUGCCAGUUCUUGCUGUAAGAUGUUACCCCACUCUUCCACCAAGGACAUUUCUGUGUGGAAUGGCCCUAGCCCUCACCCUCCAAUCCAACAGGUCCCAGACAUGCUCAAUGGAAUUGAGAUCCGGGCUCUUCGCUGGCCAAGGCAGAACACUGACAUUCCUGUCUUGCAGGAAAUCACGCACAGAACGAGCAGUAUGGCUGGUGGCAUUGUCAUGCUGGAGGGUCAUGUCAGGAUGAGCCUGCAGGAAGGGUACCACAUGAGGGAGGAGGAUGUCUUCCCUGCAACGCACAGCGUUGAGAUUGCCUGCAAUGACAACAAGCUCAGUCCGAUGAUACUGUGACACACCGCCCCAGACCAUGACGGACCCUCCACCUCCAAAUCGAUCCCGCUCCAGAGUACAGGCCUCGGUGUAACGCUCAUUCCUUCGACAAUAAACGCGAAUCCGACCAUCACCCCUGGUGAGACAAAACCGCGACUCGUCAGUGAAGAGCACUUUUUGCCAGUCCUGUCUGGUCCAGCGACGGUGGGUUUGUGCCUAUAGGUGACAUUGUUGCCAGUGAUGUCUGGUGAGGACCUGCCUUACAACAGGCCUACAAGCCCUCAGUCCAGCAUCUCCCAGCCUAUUGCGGACAGUCUGAGCACUGAUGGAGGGAUUGUGCGUUCCUGGUGUAACUCGGGCAGUUGUUGUUGCCAUCCUGUACCUGUCCCGCAGGUGUGAUGUUCGGAUGUACCGAUCCUUUGCAGGUGUUGUUACACGUGGUCUGCCACUGCGAGGACGAUCAGCUGUCCAUCCUGUCUCCCUGUAGCGCUGUCUUAGGCGUCUCACAGUACGGACAUCGCAAUUUAUUGCCCUGGCCACAUCUGCAGUCCUCAUGCCUCCUUGCGCAGAUGACCAGGGACCCUGGGCAUCUUUCUUUUGGUGUUUUUCAGAGUCAGUAGAAAGGCCUCUUUAGUGUCCUAAGUUUUCAUAACUGUGACCUUAAUUGCCUACCGUCUGUAAGCUGUUAGUGUCUUAACGACCGUUCCACAGGUGCAUGUUCAUUAAUUGUUUAUGGUUCAGUGUUUAAACCCUUUACAAUGAAGAUCUGUGAAGUUAUUUGGAUUUUGACCCAGAGUUACCUCUGCUGCAGAGGAUAAGUUCAUUAGAGCUACCAGCCUCAGAAAUUGCAGGCCAAAUAAAUGUUUCACAGAGUUCAAGUAACAGACACAUCUCAACAUCAAUUGUUCAGAGGAGACUGCGUGAAUCAGGCCUUCAUGGUCGAAUUGCUGCAAAGAAACCACUACUAAAGGACACCAAUAAUAAGAAGAGACUUGAUUGGGCCAAGAAAUACGAGCAAUGGACAUUAGACUGGUGGAAAUCUGUCCUUUGGUCUGAUGAGUCCAAAUUUGAGAUUUUUGGUUCCAACUGCCGUGUCUUUCUGAGAUGCAGAGUAGGUGAACGGAUGAUCUCUGUAUGUGUGGUUCCCAACGUGAAGCAUGGAGGAGGAGGUGUGAUGGUGUGGGGGUGCUUUGCUGGUGACACUUUCAGUGAUUUUUUUAGAAUUCAAGGCACACUUAACCAGCAUGGUUACCACAGCAUUCUGCAGCAAUACGCCAUCCCAUCUGGUUUGGGCUUAGUGGGACUAUCAUUUGUUUUUCAACAGGACAAUGACCCAACACACCUCCAGGCUGUGUAACACUAACCUUUUGCUUCCCUUUGAUAUGUUAAGUAGAAAUGAUGCACCAAUAUUGCAUUUUAAAAGCCUGUUUUAUGAAAUGAAGUGCCCUUUAAUAUAGACCACAUGGAGAAUUCAAUAAAUCACAUUUUCAAUAUGAAUAAAGACUUGCAUUUUGUCCCACUGUGCACCCUCUGACUUCUAGGAAGAUUUUAGCCCACUUACCACACAAAAUACUCAAAGUUUUCACCAUCAUUAUAAAGCCCAAGUUAUUUUGUUUCUUUGAUUAAGUUAUUUCUAAAGAUUAUUAUUGAUUUAAUUUGAUAAGUGAUUCAUUUACGUCUGUCCCUCAUUUUAAAGUCAACCCUGUUACGUGAACUGAACUCUCAUUUUAAUAUGGUUUAACUGUUCCUUUUUAAAUAUUUCAGACCUACACUUUGACUUAUUGUGGAGCAUGCACUAUGUAUAGUUUUUGUUUAAAAUCUUUUUUUUUUUUUUAUCCAAUGAAAAAAAGACUUAUUUUAUUUUUUAUUUUAUUAAGCUGAAGAGUGGCACUUACUAUAGUUAUUUUUUUCUUGAAAUGGGAAAAAGUUUUUGUUUAUGAAGUUGAACAUGUGCUCUUUAUGACGGAAUAUAAACAUUUGGUGAAAUACGUUUUCUUUUUUUCACCAUCACUAUUUUAAUUAUAUUACUGGCUUGGUGGCCCAAAAAUGUGAUUCCGUUGAUCAAUAUGUCAAGUCUAAUUUAACAAGCCGAAUUAGGAACCACUUUGGCCACCCUGUAGGCUAGAUAUCAUAGCCAUGCAUUUCUGCAAUAUUGUCAGGCAUUACAUGCAUUUGAGAAAAGAUGCAAAUGUCUCUACAUGUAUUUUAAAUACAUUUUAUGUCACGUUAAAUAUAUUGAAAAACAUUUUUUUUCUGCUAUGGGUAGGCUUAAUCUGUGUCUGAGAAACUGUCCCUCUGUAUUAAACCAGUGUUUUUGUAUUCCAUUGAUAUGAAACUUAUUCUGCAGCUGUUGCUACUGUGCGUGUGUGUGUGUGUGUGUGUGUGUGUGUGUGUGUGUGUGUGUGUGUGUUUGUGUGUGUGCAUGCGUGUGUACGCACGCAUGUCUGUGUGUGUGUACAGUCUCUAAGCCCAGACACACCUGUUUCUGCAGAGGGCUAUGAGAAGGAAUAAGCCCGCAGCCUGCCUGACUAACACACAUAGACUCUACUCCAUCAACCCUCAGUCAUAAACUACAUGAGCUAUAGGCCCAUCCAUAUUUGGCAUACUCUAGCCUCUCAACUGUUCACCAGACAUCCACUGCCAUAGUCUCACUGAAAGACCCCAAACCAACUGUUUACUGUUAGUCAAACAAGACUGGUCAUAUAAAUGACAACUACAUCUCCCACAUAGCACAGUCCCAUGAUCUAUUCUGCUCACCUGUCUCUCUUGGAUACAACUGGGAUGGUAUUAACUCACAUGGUAUUCCAUGCCUCUCCAGAUCAGCUAUUAUCCAGCGGAGUGACAGGAGAUCAGAAUCCUCUGAUCUCCUGUCUCCUCAGUCCUGCCCAUCAAAGAUCUGCUCAUAAAAGAGGAAAGGCAUUGA